AUGGCAGCCGCUGUUACAAUUGAAGAGCUCCAAAACCAACUUGACGCCCGACGCGCAAGGCUUCAGAGCCGCAUCAAUGCCCUGCUUCGAGCUGGUGGUGAUGAGAACCUACCGCAUCUGGAUGAACUGCACCUGGAACGUCUCCGUUUGAUGCAAACCACCACGGAACUCCGGGAAUCAUGCAGCGACGUUAAGCAGGAGGUUGAGGAACAGCACGGGGCUCACCUCGUGUACCCACUUGCCGCCCGUGUACAGCGGUUGGAGGGAUUUGCACAGCGCGCCGCGGCGUACGUGGUUGAUGAACUGCCCGCCGAGAUGGAGAACCUGGCUGCUGCGGAUAAAAUUCACAGUAAAGAGGAAAUUGCAGCCUACGGUGUUGAGCUGCAGAAGACACUCGAGGGAGAGCACCGCAGCAUCGAGGCACUCCGGCAGCGUACGGCAAGGUGUGCGCGUGAGAUCCGUAAUGGACCCCGCAUCAUCCGCGGGGAGCCACUGGCCGGUACCCGCUUCACGCGCGCCCAGACACAGGAAGUACCAGACGAGCUGAGAGACACCCUGGCGUACACUGAUGAAGCCAAAAUCAAUAACACAGAGUUGGUUCUACGUGUACGUGAGUUGCGGAAAGUACGGAAGGAGCUUCAGAUGCAGGUGAGGGAGGAAAAGCAGCGUACGGAGAAAGAAAUCACCAAACUAAAGAUAAACAUCCGAAGCAUGGAGCUCGCAAACAAACGCGAUGCCAGCAUUUGCCAGCGGUUGAACGUAACCAAUGCCGCACUAACAACCAAUGCACAAACACUCCUGGGGCAGCUGAACGUGGAGCACUUCGGCAAUGAGGAAACGGACGAUGCUGUUGACCGCCUCGCCAGCAGGUACGACAACAGCUACAGGAGAAGGGUUGCUGAAAUCGCUUUUGACCAAAUUGAUGAGUUCUACAGCGAGAAUCCUGAAGAGAAGAAGGAAGUCAAAAAGGUGCGAAGGAUAAGGCGGGUUAAGAGACCCACGAAGAAGGCAGAGGAGCCUGCCGAGGGAGAAGCAGCGGCAGAAGGAGAAGCUCCGAAAGAGGGAGAAGCAGCAGCAGAAGGAGAAGCUCCGAAAGAGGGAGAAGCAGCUCAGGGAGGAGAGGCCCCAAAGGAGGGAGAAGCAGCUCAGGGAGGAGAGGCCCCAAAGGAGGGAGAAGCAGCUCAGGGAGGAGAGGCCCCAAAGGAGGGAGAAGCAGCCCAGGGAGGCGAAGCCGCAGUCGAAAAACCACAAGGAGCGCAAGUCACUGAAGGUCAAGAAAAUGUGAAGGAGCCUGAAGCGGCUGCAACCGGAGAAAACGGCGCAGGUGGAGAGGAAACUUCCAAAAACGAAAACGGUGCCGCCACCCAAGUCGAACGCACGUCGUAG